AUGGCAUUAACACCAGAUAGUACCAGCCUUUAUAAACUGAACCAACUUGAUCCAGGGCCACCUCGUCGACGAAGGACCAAAUUUGGAUGCAAAUGCAUAUUAUAUGUCGUUCUCACCUUCGUUGGACUUUGGGGUACAUAUGCAUCGUAUCGUGCGUUGCAGAAUCGAUUAGCACUCCUCAGGCACCCAUACCAGUUCUUGUACCAGGAUCCCAAGAAUUCAUAUCGUCCGCAAGAUAUUGUCCGCCCACUCAUCGACAGGAACCAGACAUUUGAUGUCGUGGCAACAGUCUGGAUACGAUCUCCACAAACCAAGAUAUCCGGAGUUGAGGUGGGAUAUCCAGAUUGGAUGCAAAGUCAUCAAAACCUUAAGCUUGACGAAACGGCCAUUUUCUCGGAGAAAGUAUUCCAAGGACUACGUUUACAGGACAAGAAUAAGAAGAAAUCGGUCAAUCUUCAAGUACCCACAGAAAUUUUUAAGUUACGGGAGUUAAACAAUUACGACCUCCGUGCUUCAUUUGUGCUAAUACCGACUUCGCCUUCUCUUCUGGAUAAUGCCACGUUUUACUCAAGUUGGAUCCCUUCCGAGGCCCAAUAUCCUCCUAUGCGACCAUGGCCAGUUGACACGGCUUUUCCAUCUCUUGCGGACAAUAUCGUCGACUCAUAUGGUACUUUUACACCAUUGAUUGCGUUCCACGAUAUCAAAUCAAGAUGCCCUGACUCUUUUCAACCCGAAGACGUAGAAGACGAUGAAACAUAUUACGAAGAAGACGACAUUGUGCUGUCUUUCGGAGUUGCAGAGAACCGCAAAAAAUGGGCCUCUACCAAAGGGAGAUCUGUUCUUUCUUCUCACCCAUACAUCAUCACACGAUCAUUUCUACGGGUUGUCGAUAUGACGCAGAUUUUUAAUAAGCCUGCAUUCGAUAAUGCACACGCAAAGCUCAAGUCUUAUUCAUGCGGAAGACUGUCAACUAUCAAUGGCUUCAGGGCUUGGGCAAGUUGGAAAGAUUGCAUUCAUAGUUAUUAUGCGAUUGGAAAUCACGCUGUGAAGAUUCGGAUUGCCCAGAUAUCAGAGAAAACUGGUAAAGAACGCACGGAGUGGGCAUAUGCGCCGUAUUUGUCGCUCGCCGAUAAUGCGUGGGGAACCAAGGAUCUUGUUCCCGUCCCUGUCAAUCGACAACAAUGUAUAGAAGUGGAUGCUCGGGAAUCAUCAGAAUCGCUGGAAAGCCCGACCGUCAAUAUAACAUGGAAUAUCACAUUCUCUGGAGUCAACCUUUUUGAACUUACUGCUGGAAAUACAAUGGCGGAAGCUAUGCCUCCGCACAAUAUGACGGAUGCAGAGCAUGGUUUACAUUCUCAACAUUUGCUUUUCGAAUAUUCACAAGGUCUUGCCGGGCACAGAUUCCGCGAUGAUUUUCAUCCACGACGGGAAAUGGCGCUCGCCGUUCUGAAUAUCAUGUAUUGGUUCACCCGGUCGUCCACCUCUGGUAUCUCGAUUAUAGGCUCUGCUCUUCAAAUUAUUUCGGUCGUUUUAUCGUCUAUUGCCACGGUUGUAUACAAACGGUUGCAAGAGGAGUCAAUCUCAUUUUCAGAAAGCCUUAAGUAUCUUAGAAUGGUUAAUGCGCUGUUUACGGCUUUUUUAAUACUCAAAGCCAUCACUCGCGGUGAAAUUCGGUGGUGGAAGAAGGUUGUUCCUAUCAUCACCUUUGCAUUAGCGACGCACGCCGAAAGAACUAGCCAGCGCAUUGAAGCGCGCACAAGCCUUAGAUCUAUCAUGAUUGCUUAUUUGGUCCUCUCCACUGCCUCCUAUGUCAUCUUCCAUCAACAGUACUACCUCAUCGCCCCACGAUACACGUACGGGGAGCCAUUCAAGAAUUCCCUCUGUCAAUUCCUCUUUUGGGCUCCGAACUACCUGCUCCAUGAACCUCUGGGCCUGCUCAGCCUUGCGCUCCAACUCAUCUUAAACUAUAGAAUGCAAACCUUUGCCGGUAUGUACAAGGCGAAUACGGGAGUGACACUAACUGCGGUGGUGUUCGAGUUGAUAGCAAAGGCGCCGUGGGUAAUUGGAGAGGGCUCCGGUUUGGGCCCGUGGACACCUUUUAAUUUCUUGUUAAUGUGUAGUAUGGUAGUCUAUGCGGUGCAGGCGUGGAGAUAUGUGUCGGUUGCAAGUCUGGAGGACGAAGAGGAUGAAAAAUAA